UGUCAAGGUCAUCAAAUCCGAUUGUGCGCUCUUAUACGUCAAAUGAACACAUGCACUUGAACACACGUAUCGAUGGACAGCCAUAGCCCCACAUUUCCCUCCAGGACGUCCACAGAGAUAGGAUUUGACGCCCUCAUUUCAACACUCAGAAAUGAAACACUACCGCAGCCACCACAAGAACCGGUCAAUACAACGAACGUUCCUAUUGAGAUGGAUUGGCGCGAAGGAAAUGAAUGUCCUGACGCCGUGAUUAUUCCGAACCAAACAACGCUACUUAUGAGUGCAGUUCCGAUGUCCCCAUUCAUGAUGAUGGAGGAAGAGGGGGAGGAUCCCGUGCCGAGUUUCAGUUUGGACACGCACGAAGUGCAGGAUCGACACAGAGUUUAUCGGAAAGACGAUACUGAAUUGUCGCAAUUCCCAAGUUUGUCCAAGUUUGCAAGCUUUGAAGACCUGUUGAGCAAUGAUCAUUCCCCCCGACUUACCGACACCAGACGGCAAUGCAGUACAACGAAAGUUGGUGACAAUCCGUACUGACAGCGCGUUCUCUUGAACAUACCUCACUCAAAGAUGAGAUUCUGCUUUUUGCCAUAAAACCAAAUACUUUCUUA